AUGAUGAUGUCCGGUGAAGUAGAGCAGUCGCGCAGAAAUAAGGGGAGUGUUGUGUCUCUACCACCGUGUGAGUUAAUGUCUUUGCCAUAUGACAUGGUUCUAAACUGCUUGGCCCGCGUGUCGAGAUCGGACCUUGGGUCCUUAUCUCUUGUCUCAAAAAGCAUCCGCUCAAUGGUGGCUUCACCGGAGAUGUACGAGACCCGAUCUCGAAUGGGUUUCAGGGAGGAGUCCAUCUAUGUAUGCUUGGACACGCCUUGUGGGAGAAAUCCGGCGGCUUGGUUCAUCCUCCGGCGAGUAAAGGGAAAAAUGAAUCGGCUGAUCCCGAUCCCUUCGUUCCCAACUCCAACCGGAGCUACCUUUGUCUCCACGGGAUGGGGGAUUUAUGUAAUUGGAGGAAUGAUAGAAGCAGUGACGACAUCGCGUGUCUGGUUCUUGGAUUGUCGGACUCAUACGUGGAGCGAGCUCCCCUCCAUGAGAGUUGCUCGCUAUGAAGCCAACGCAGGCGUCUUAGACGGUAAGAUAUACGUGACGGGGGGCUGCUUAAACGAGGAUCCAGAGGUUUUUGAUCCAAAGACUCAAACUUGGAGUAGAGUGGUUAUCCCUGAGAUGGUGAUGAACGAGGAGGUUUCCAAGGUGGCUGGUCCGGAUAGUUACGUGUACAAGUUUUGGAGUGAAGAAGGUAUGUGGGAUGAUUUCUUUUUAAGCGCUAGAGAUGAUUGUUGUGCAAUAGACAGAUUGUUAUUCAGUUGUGAUAUUUUCGGGAAAAUAAUGUGGUGUGACCCUUGGAGUGGGGUAAAGAAAGGGGAGAUGGAGUGGUACAAGGUGAAUGGUUUGGAAGAUCUUCAAGGGUACCUCAAGUAUGAUUUGAGGAACGAAAUAGCCAUCAUUUUGAAUAGAGAGCAGGCGGAUGUUUGGCAUUGCUAUAUGCUCAACCGUGGUUACAGAUACGGCCUCCUAGGCUUAAAUCCGGGGUUCAAACUCAGCAAAUCUGGUGGCAACAUUGUCGUCUUCUGGGGGGUGAUCGUCCCACCCUAUAGGAUGCAGGUUUGGUGUGCAGAGGUUUCACCGGAGAGGCGCCAGGAUGGCCAAGUUUGGGGGAUCAUCCAGUGCAUUGAUCAUGUCUUCACUAUUGAUCCUGCCCUCUAUGUUUUGUCUUCUAUUAAUGCUUGUCUUUGAACAUAAUAUUUAAGACUUGUGAUACUCCUCUUAUUUAUGUUGUUGAUUACUGUGAAUGAUGGUCAAUUUGGGUUGAACUAUUGAGAUUAGACAUGUUUU